UCCCCCACUUCCGGGUCGCGGUGCUUGCAGGGAGCGCUCCGCGGGUAGCGUCGUUUCCGUUGCCGGCUGUUUGCAGUUGGGGAAAUCGAGGCAGCUCCAGCUUUCCCCCUAGUUCUUCCGCUCCUGUGAGGAAAAAAAUGUUUAUUUCUUUGUGGGAGUUCUUCUAUGGGCACUUUUUUCGAUUUUGGAUGAAAUGGCUCUUACGGCAGAUGACCGGAAAGUGUGAAUUGCAGCGAAUUUUUGAUACCUAUGUAGGUGCACAAAGGACACACAGGAUAGAAAAUUCCUUGACCUACUCCAAGAAUAAGGUUUUGCAGAAAGCAACACUUGUUGUUCAGAGUGAAGUAGACAAAUGUGUAGAAGAUAUAAUGAAGGAAAAGAAUAUUAACCCUGAGAAGGAUGCCAGUUUUAAAAUCUGCAUGAAGGCAUGCUUACUGCAGAUAUCCGGUUAUAAACAGCUCUAUUUGGAUGUAGAGAGUGUGAGGAAAAGGCCAUAUGAUUCUGAUAACCUCCAACAUGAAAAGCUGCUUCUCAAGCUUUGGAAUCUUCUAAUGCCCACGAAAAAGUUGAAGGCUAGAAUCUCCAAGCAGUGGGCUGACAUUGGUUUCCAGGGUGAUGAUCCCAAAACAGACUUCAGAGGCAUGGGCGUACUUGGAUUAAUCAAUCUCGUGUAUUUCAGUGAAAACUAUACCAAUGAAGCUCACCAGAUUCUUUCCCGUUCAAAUCAUCCAAAAUUAGGGUAUUCUUAUGCAAUAGUUGGAAUCAACCUUACUGAGAUGGCUUAUAGCUUGCUAAAGAGUGAAGCUUUGAAGUUUCAUCUCUACAACUUUGUUCCUGGUAUACCGACAAUGGAACACUUUCAUCAGUUUUAUUGUUACCUUGUCUAUGAAUUUGACAAGUUUUGGUUUGAAGAAAAGCCAGAAAGCAUUAUGUAUUUCAACAUGUAUAGAGAGAAGUUUCAUGAAAAGAUUAAAGGACUCUUACUGGAUUGUAAUGUAUCACUUACUUUAAAAAUAUGAAUCAUCCGUAGUAUCUUCUAUUUCUACCACAUUUUGCACACACAACAGAAUUUAUAUGUUGUAAUAGAAAGUAUCUGAUCAAUUACACUCCUUAUAUAUAAUUUCCUACAAAAAGAUUUCAGAAAUUCUAUUUAAGAAAGCUAGUGGACAAUCAGUGUAUGUUUACAGUUGUUUAUACACUGUUUUCCAAAGGUACCUUAUCCUUCCAAAGAUCCCUUCUGUAGAGUCCUGUGAACUACAGUUUGGAACUUGGGACUUAGCCCAUGUAGUGUAAAAGUACAAAUCAGGUAUUUGUAUUUAAUUGGUUGAUUAAAAUGUGUAAGAAUCAGUUUUCAUUUUUGUGUGUUGUACUAUCAAGUCAGUAUCGUAACCUUUCAAAGCUCUUUUAAGAUUUUUUGUGUUUUAGUUUGGAGAUGAUUGUUCUUUGUCAUGUUUUCUUCCUAGGUUAAUUAACAGGAAGAGUAGUUCUUCAUGGUUUUCUUUGUUUGCAUCUCAAUCACAUGCCCUAAUGUUGCUUCAUUAGUAGCAAAAAGCAUUGAUAUGUCAGACAGGAUAAAGAAUCAUGGCCUCUUUUUUUUUUUGGUUUCCUUGAUUAUUUAGCAUAAUGGAUAAUGAGAGAAUGACAGUAUUGGUGACUAGCUUUUUUGUUUCUAAAUACCACACUUUAAAAUAUCACAGUGGUAUUUUAAAGCUUAAAAGCAUUUUCUCAUCUUCAGUUAUUUGCUUUUCAGUCAGUUGUAGAAAAGAAUAAUAAUGCUUGGUGUGAAGGCCUUUUAUGAGGCUUCUCUGCCUGUGAGUGUUUAUGAAAAGAGAUGUAUUGGCUAAGAAAAUCUAGACUGUAUUCAAAGGACAGUGGCUAUUUCAAUAAAACUGUCUUUGAACUUAUACAAAAGGAAAACUUAAAGCUUUUCAAAAAUACUGGUGAAACAUCAUUGGUUUAUUUUAUUUACGAUUAACUGUUGCUUCUUUUUGCUUUGCCUCCAUGGUGUUUCUGGAUAAUGGUAUAUGGACUUUAUGGGUAUUCUUUGAGUUAGUGGUCUGUGGGAUUCAAAAGUAGCCUGAGGAUGAUGACUGUGCAUUUCGUAUAGCUUUAUUCUCCUAAAAUCUCAGGAGGGCAUCAAGUGCUGUCAAGGAUUAUAUAGUGAUGAGCUUCUCAUGGGAAUGAUUUCUUCCUUGUGUGUUUUAGACAUUUGUACUCCUAGCAAAACUAAAAGAGUUUAAAGAUAGGUUUGUCUGAUCACUAAGUUCUUAAAUCCUACAGAAACUGGCCUAUUAAAGACAUAUUUUAAAUAUGAUGAGAGUUAGCCCGUCUUUAAAUGUGUAUAUCAGGUGCUUAAGGACUGACUCAUGUGGUAGCAAGACCCGAGACUUUCAGUGUUUGUUCAUGUCUCUUGACAGACCUCUUUGUGCAAACUUGUCAGAGAGGUAAAAAACAUCUGAGUGGAAAGUAACAGAUGCAGUGUCGUAUAGCACACACAUUGAAAGCACAGCAUCAAAACUAUUACUUUCUCAACAGGAUAAAACACGUAAAACUUGGGUUCACUUUAUUAUUGAUUGUGGUGGUUUAGUGUCUCCAUAUCACAGGCAUUUAAAAUUGGUUUCUUGUAGGAGACUUCUAAACCCUGGGAUUGUCUCAAUUUUUUCUUUAUGCUUUCAGUGCAUUAGUUUCUAGCUCUACAGUUCUAGGAGAUGUAGCAAAAUCCUGGUAAGGAUCAGGUGCUAACCAUUAAAGCUCAUUUUAUAGUGUUUACUAUUACAUGGAAAGCAAUUCUGUUAGUCUUUCAAUGUUUAUGCUGAAAAUUCUUACCUUUAUAUUUUAAUCUUUCAACAGCUGAGGUCUUGAACUGAUUUAAACCUUUGUCAGUAUGCUUAAUAAAGAAUGACACAAGUAUGUAUGGAAGGGAAAACUUUUUAAAGUAAUCAAGUUUUUCGCCUUCUGUGGAGGAAAAACACUUUGUAAUAAUGUUUUGAGAAUGUCAUUUUAAAGUUUGGUCGGUAAUAUGUUCUUUAAAUCCAUCACUGUUUGUACAAUAUAGAUACUGUCCUGCUUUUGCUUCAGAUACUCAAUAACCAUUUCAGAAGCUCUGUAGUGAAUUGGUCUAAAAGAUACCAAUAAAUUCUAAAGUUUGAGAGUCUGGAAGCCAAGCUAAGCGUCCCCACUUGUAAAUUAGAAUGUAACAUAGUGACAUACAUGAAAAAAUAUAAUUGUGUCUCCUGUCCUAUUUUUCCUUGCUUUCAGCAUAUGUGUGUUAGAAUUUUAUGUAGUCUUAAAAUCCAUGUUUAGAAUCUUCCCUGUUUCUGUAAUAAUGAAUAAAAUACCAAAGUAGUGAUAGAAUUGAAGUAGCAGGAAAAUUAUGUUUGUUUUAGCAUCAGAAAAGUGAAUCGAUGUUAAAAUCAAUUUUUGUAUAUGCCAGAUCAAAGAGAGCGUGCCAGUGACAAGAAUGGUGUAAAAAUAGAAUUAUACUGGUCGUAGUUCAAGUAUGUUCUGAAAGACAAUCUUUAGGGAAAUGGGAGAAUCAGGGGAUAUCAGUAUGUCAGUGAACCUAGAUCAGCCUCUCUUUGUAUAUAAAUAUGGUGAUAUAGUUAGAUAUAAAAAUCAGUGUCUUACUGGCACCAGUUUAGAAAACAGGAUCUUUUUCUUAAAAAAUGCCCAUCCUGAUUUUUUUUCUACUUUAACAGCUACUUGGAUUUGUAUGUAUUUUUCUAUGUGAAAAAUAUAUGUACUCUUCAUUUUUAUUCCAGUAUUAAUAAUUGUUUAAAUACUGUUUCUCCCCUUUGCAUUCAGCGAAAUAGAACUUGGUCAAAGAUUUGCUCAAAGGAGCAGCAUUACAUGAGUGGAAAGUGGAAUUCUCGUUUCCAGAGCAGAAAAGAUUACACACUAUCAUGGCACAGAAGAGAAGUUUGGCUUGGAGGGCAAUAAUGUUUAGAAUUAAUGAUCAGGGGCCAGCAGCUAUUUUCUCAGGAUAAAUGGUCCGCCUGACUUCUCUCUGAACAAGUCUGGGGAGGCUUCCUGUCCAUUUUCACAUUUAUGAACCUCUCCGCACAAGCAGAUUUUUAACAAAGACGAAGGGACUUAUUAAACAUCUGAGAGAAAUCAUGAGUGAGCUGGUUCUUUUUUUCUGGCUUCACCUUUUGACAAGAAAAAGUUUAAAUGUAGUUCAGGUAAGACCUAACUAUUAUAGGGCAAUCCUUUUUUUUUCUUUCUUUCUUUUUUUAAUUAUAGGGCAAUUCUGUGGUUCUGUUAAUGUAUUAAAAAAAUAAGCAGUGGCUUUCCCUGGGGGAAAAAGUGCUGGUUGUCAACUUAAAGAAAUCGAUUUUUGUCUACUUUGGAUAAAACAAUUAACUUCAUAUGUAAAAGCAAUAGUUUAAAUGUGAUGUCAUUUUGUUCAGAAUGUUGUGAACAAAUAAAAAAGUGUGUCAAAAUUGUUACAAGCCGCUCUGCUAAUCCUUCUGUCUCUUCCUAUCCUCCCCAUCCCUUACUUAAGCCAUUUAUGUUCAUGAAACAGUGACUUCCUUAUUUAACCCUUUAAUCAUGUUUCUAUAGGGUAAAUCAGAAUACACAGAAAAUUUUUAUUUUUGUGACUAACUCAUCCACUAAUUACCUAUUUAAGAUGUUAUUGGGUAACAACAAUUGGUUAUGAGACCAGAAAAGAGCUGGAAAAAAAAGAAAAGAAGCUACCACUCCCCCCCCCCCAUUCUUACAAAGGAUAGGAAUAAUUCAUACUGCACUGCAGUGUGCUUUUCUUAACUUUACAGUGUAUCUUAGAUACAUUUUUAUAUUAAUACAUAGCUUCCUUAUUCUAUUUAUUUACAGCUGCAGAGCAUUCCUCUGUGUGUGUAUCAUUUUGAACUAAACAAAAAUACUACAUAUGGAACUGGUUGGAUUCAGCAAAUGAACUUUAUUAAAGCUAAUACUAAUUAUAGCUUUAAAAUGUAUGUAUUAGAAAAAAGUGGCUGAAAAUUAAAGACAAAGCAGUCAUCUCAAGGAGUUUGGCGAAGAUCAAAAUAAAUGUAAAGAAAAUAAAGAAGGAGAUAUUAAAGGUCAGAGCUUAGAUGCACGGAAUAGAAAUGCAUACAAUAGAAUCAACAAAAGUAAAAAUCUGUUGCCUGGAAAGACUAAUAAUACUGAUUAACCUUGGUGAGAUAAAUAAAGAAUAAGGGGGGCGCCCGGCUGGCUCAGGUCAGUUAAGCAUCCAACUCAUAAAUUCAGCUCAGGUUGUGAUCCCAGGGUCAUGGGAUGGAGCCCGAUGUCGGGCUCUGUGCUGAGUAUGUAGCCUGCUUGGGAUUCUCUCUCUUUCUCUCUCUCCCUGCCACCUGUUCAUACUUCCUCUCUCUCUGAAGUAAAAAUUUUUUAAAAAUUUUAAAGAAUAAGGAAGAAAAUAAUGAUACCAAGAAUUGAGUGUGAAACAUCACUACAGAUCCUGCAAAUACUGGAAAGAAAAUGUAUUGAGGAUAACCUCAAAAAUUUGAAAAUUGAGAUAGGAUAUAAACAUUUCUAGAAAAAUAUAACUUACCAAAACAAAACUGUACAGAAAGAAAUAGGGAAUCAAAAAGUCCUAGCACUAUUAAAUGGAUUCAGUAAUUAAAAACCUUUCCAUUAAAAAACCUACAGUUCCGUGUAGCUUGCACUGGUGAGUUAACACAUUUAACAAUAAAAUGGUAACAAUUUUCAUAAUCUUUUCUAAAUAAUGAAGGGUGGACACCCUAUACUUCAUGAGACUAUCAUAAUCUUGAUGACUCAACCCAACCAGGACAGAACAAAAAAGAAUAAUUAUAUGCUAAUGUCACUUUGGAUGCAGUAAUCCUAAAUAAAAUAGAAGCACACUGAAAUCCAGAAAUAUAUUGAAUUUCAUAUAUUACAUAAUAAAUAAUGAACUGCAUAUAGAUAUGCUGUUUUAAUGUGUGAUCAAUUAUAGCUCAGUUGGGUUAAUUCCCAGAAUAAAAUUAUUGAAAUUUACCACGUCAAUAUUUGAAAAUCACAUGAUGAUCUUAAAAGUCACAGGAAAAGCAUUUGAUAAAAACUUGACAUCCAUUCAUGUUAAAAACAUAGCAAGUGAGAAAUAGGGGUUACCUUAAUUUUACAAAAUGUGUCUUUAUAAAAUAAACCCUAGCAAAUAUAUUUAAUGGUAAAAUGUCUGGAUCAGAAAUAAGAAAGGGUGUCACCACUUGUAUCAGUCAGCUUUUGCCACAGGAACAAUGCAUAACAACCAAUCAUACAAAAAUCUUAGGGGCAUACAAAAAAGCAUUUCCUCCUCACACAUGGGUAGGCCAACCAGGCAGCUUUGCUAAUCCCAGCUGGAUUCAUCUGGCCUUAAAUAUAGGUCGUGGGUUUGCUUCUUGUCAGCUCCAUGUGACUUGUGCAUCUGGGACCCGUGGGCUACCUGAGGUAUGCUCUUUAUACGGUGCAGCAGAAGCACAGAAACAACAAGCCCAGUGGCUCAAAGGUAUUUCAGGCCUUUGCUAACAUCAUGUCCACCAAUGUUCGCUUGGUCAUCUAGCAGGUCACAUGGACAAGUCCAACAUCAAUGAAACAGCGAAAUAUACUCUAUUAGGAAGGGGUAAGGAGUGAACAUUUGACGAGUAAUCCAAAUUGUCACAGCACAUCUGUUCAAAGUUGUGAUAGAAGUCCCACCUGGUGCAGUAAGACAAGUGGAUGGAAAGAAAGAAAAGUGACUAUUCAUAAGUGAUAUAUGUACAUAGAAAAUCCAAGAGAAUUGAUCAGAUAUCAAUGGUAGAGGAGGAAUUUGAUCAACUAUCAAGGGUGAUCAUUUAUCAAGGGUGAGGGGUUCUGGCUAAACCUAUUCAGCCUGAUUUUUUGCUAAAACUGAGCUUUGAAGACAUGCCUAACAAUGGUACUUCUUGGGAAAACACGGCUCAGAGGAGCUUGAUUACAGUUUGGUCAAAGGGGAGCAUCUUGUUACUACUGCCUAUUGCCUGAGCAAGAUUUCAGCAGAGAAACGAAGUUUUAUGUUUUCUUCCUAAUCCUUGACAGAAAUAUGCAGCUGUAAGGGGGUGAUCUUUCAUCAUUUGGAUUCCCCCAGAAUCAGACC